GUGCGUCUUCCACCCCGAGAACAUGUUGCGUUUUUGUUCGCGUGGAAACACAUUUUAGAUUGAGCUCUGCUCCUGUGAAUGAAAGACCCUCCCUUGUUGCUGCGACGCCUGGUUCUUCAGACCGUCAUCACAAGUGAUCGCUUCAAUGGGACUUCGGACUAUUCAAAGCACCAUCGAUUGUGCAUACCUUUUUAAAGGCUACUGGAAUUGCUGAAGGCAGGAUCUGCUGCUGGUUCGUCUGUGCGUUCUCAAAGAAAACGGACGUGUAGCGCGGGGUUUAUUUCCCCAGGGGAAGCUGUAACACAAGAGGGACGCUGGAGUUAUGAAGGCUCGACGGAUGACUGGCGCUGUCCGUUCAGCACCACCUUGCGCCCAGUGACACCAUAAAAAAACCUUCCUGACGCGCUCAUACCCGAGCCGAGGUGUCGGGAUAUUGGGGUAUUGGAGGGAAAACGCGUUCGCAUCUUAGAAGUCAUUCAAGGGUUUUGGAAUUCUAUUGUUGGCAUGGACACUUUGAGGCGCACCUGGCACGAUCGUAAACACAUUUGAAUUUCUGAACAUGGGUUCCAGCGGUAUGAUGACGGUCCACGGGUUGGAGAUAUGACUAGAGAGGUACGCAAUGGGCCAAGGGGACGACAAGGAUCGCAUCGUGAUCAACGUCGGAGGAAUCAAGCACCAGACCUACCGCAGCACCCUGCGCACCCUGCCCGGCACUCGACUCUCCUGGCUGGCGGAGCCCGACGCGCCUAAUAACUUCGAUUAUGAUGCGGACAUCGGGGAGUUUUUCUUCGACCGUCACCCCGGCGUUUUCGCCCACAUCCUUAACUAUUAUCGCACGGGCAAGCUGCAUUGCCCGGCGGACGUGUGUGGACCUUUGUAUGAGGAGGAGCUGGCGUUUUGGGGGAUCGACGAGACAGACGUGGAACCGUGCUGCUGGAUGACCUACCGGCAGCAUCGAGAGGCGGAGGAGGCUUUGGACAGCUUCGCCGGGGUUGCUCUGGAUCUCGGGCAUGAAGACCCGGAGCCUGAGGGGGUUGCUGAGGCGGCCGAGGGGGAUGAGGGUGUUGAGAUGACCCGGAGACUGGCGCAAGGCGACUCGCCCGAUAACAGGUCCGGGCGCUGGAGCAGAUGGCAGAAGAAGACGUGGGCGCUCUUUGAGGACCCGUAUUCCUCAAAAUACGCACGUUGGGUAGCAUUUGCAUCUUUGUUCUUCAUUUUGAUGUCCAUUACCACAUUCUGUUUGGAGACUCAUGAGGCCUUCAAUCCCAUCAUCAACCGCACAGAGACUUACAUGGUGGGCAAUGAAACACGGGAGCGUGUCUUUCCCGAGACGGAGACUAUGGUGCAGUUAACCUACGUUGAGGGUGUCUGCGUUGUGUGGUUCACUUUUGAGUUUCUAAUCCGAGUGACUACCUGUCCAAACAAAUUAAAAUUUGUCAGAAAUGCCCUCAACAUCAUUGACUUUGUGGCCAUCCUCCCCUUCUACCUGGAGGUAGGGCUGAGCGGACUCUCCUCCAAAGCAGCAAAAGACGUGUUGGGUUUCCUCCGUGUGGUGCGAUUCGUUCGAAUUCUCCGUAUAUUCAAGCUGACGCGACACUUUGUGGGUUUGCGGGUACUAGGGCACACGCUCCGUGCCAGUACCAAUGAAUUUAUCCUCCUCAUUAUUUUCCUUGCACUCGGAGUCUUAAUCUUUGCCACUAUGAUCUACUAUGCUGAACGUUUUGGAAGAAACCUCAACGAUCCUGACGCUAGUAGUGACACACACUUCAAGAACAUCCCCAUUGGUUUCUGGUGGGCUGUGGUAACGAUGACAACCCUCGGCUAUGGCGAUAUGUACCCUCAGACGACGUCCGGCAUGCUGGUGGGCGCACUGUGCGCUCUGGCAGGUGUGCUGACGAUCGCCAUGCCUGUACCUGUAAUCGUGAACAACUUCGGCAUGUACUACUCCCUAGCCAUGGCGAAACAAAAACUACCAAAGAAAAAAAAUAAGCAUAUCCCACGAGCACCUCAACUGGGGUCUCCCAACUACUGCAAGUCAGCGAUUAACUCCCCGCGACCCAGCACACACAGUGACACAUGCCCCCUGGCACAGGAAGAGGUUUCCGAGAUCAGAUACCAAGAUUUUAAAGUGAACGGGGAGGCGUCCAAAGCUGCCCUGGCCAAUGAGGACUGUCCUCACAUCGACCAGGCGGUGUCGCCAGAGGAAGUCUUCAGCCCUGUGGACCGUGAGAGACCCUGCUUCCUGCUCACCUCCGGGGGAGAACGAGCCAGUCACACGGGGGGGAGAGUCAGGAAGGAGACCCAGCGCGCCAACCGAAGCAGACAACCAACCGAGUCAGUGUGUGUAAUGAACCAUGGUGUACCAACCACUAUGUGUGUCAACCAUAAAGCCACAUCCCCCACCUGAUAGUACCGUAUUUAGCACGUGUGUGUGAGUGUGUGCUGUGCGUUUGUUGUAGAUUAGCACUUCUCUUCCGAGUUGUGACUGAGAAUUAAUUCAGCGUAGAUGUAGCACAGUAACCAAGAGAAGCUGUAGUUGUUCAGCCGUAUGUAGCGUUGUUUUGUUCAUGGUUUAUUAUGCUGUCGUUUUGUGCGAAGUGCCAGUUGUUUUUCCGUUCGUGAGUGUCAGUGUUGUACAUGGUGCUUAUGUGUGCUAGUGUUAUGAAAACAUGACCUUUCUUUUAUCUCGUUGAAGUGUUUGUUUUAGGUUGUUUAAAUGUUGUAAAAAUGUUACUCCAGUAGCUAAUCACAUUUCAGUGGGAAAAAAGAAAAAACAAAUCCACGAGCUUUGUGAUCAUGUUUGAGUAGGGAGAAAAAAAAUGAGCAAUUGUUUUCCCAAAUUUUGUACUAUUGUAGCUACCAUGUAGAAAAUGCCUUUUACACUGUUUGCACCGUUCACUUUUACAUUCCUUUCUGUAGAACAAAUGGCAAUUUGAUAUAUUUUGUAGCUCACAUGAUUGGAUGGUAACUUUAGAGAUGCACCGCGUACUAAUCAGACGCGACUAAUCAGGCUCCGCCCACAAUGAAAUCUCACCGAUUCAAAAUUUUACUUGUCUUAAAUAUUUAUAUUUGACGUUUAAUGUACGUCGAUCAUGU